UAACCCACCAUACACAUGUCGUGAAUGCGCGGCAAGGGCACUGGGUAGGGGGGUCGGCUGGGGGUUCAUUUUUACCAUGCAGGUGUGGAGGGUCCGGUCGUUGGCGUGUGCUAUCCCCAUCCCCCAUUCCCCCGGAAGCUUGGACCUGUGGUGUUUAUAUAUACGUGCCUGCUUCUCGAGUACCCCAGAGCCAUGUGCCGACGCUUCGUCAAUUGCGAUUGUGGAAUUUUGGCCGUCUUUUCCACUCUUUGCAGCACUCUGCCGCGUCCCUCCAACGUCAAUUGUUGAGGAGCUUUCCCUAUCUUUGGCCGACUGUUAGCUACCCUCUGCAAUCGAAAUGGCCACCUCUACUGCGAAGGCGGGCCUCGGUGCUCGAUUCCUCCGCUCAAUCAUCAAGAAUGAUGCCAUGAAGGAGGAUCCCCCCGAGAUCUACGGAUGGCGCACAUUCAUGAUGGCCUGCUCCGCUUGUUUCGGCGGCAUGCUCUUUGGUUUCGACAUUGGCACGAUUGGUGGAGUUCUCACACUUCCGGCUUUCCAAAAAAAAUACGGACUCGGCAAGGACAAGAUGAAUGACAAGCAGAGGAACGAUUUGAGUGCAAACAUUGCUUCGACUCUCCAAGCCGGCUGUUUCUUCGGUUGCUUCUUGGCCUCUUGGGUAGCAGACAGGUGGGGUCGUAAGACCGCGCUGGUCGUCAUGGGCUGGAUCACAAUUGUCGGUUGCGUUAUCCAAUCCGUCAGCUUUGGAAGUCUCGCUUCCAUGUAUGUUGGCAGAUGUGUGGCUGGUCUUGGUGUCGGCGGUUGCUCCAUGGUCGUUCCCCUAUACAUUUCCGAAAACUCUCCACGUGCCAUCCGUGGCGGUUUGACCGGUAUCUACCAGCUCUUUAUCGCGUCCGGAACCAUGUUGGCUUUCUGGGUCAACUACGGCUCAAGUCUUCAUCUCAAAGGGGACGCUACCUACAUCGUGCCCCUUGCUAUGCAAGCUCUGCCUGCUGUUAUCCUGGUCAUCUGUAUGAUGCUCAACAAGGAAUCACCUCGCUGGCUUGCCAAAGCAGACCGCUGGGAAGAAGCUACUUCGGUUCUCGCCAGAAUCCGUGCACUAUCGCCUACACACCCUUACGUUCAGACUGAACUGCAAGACAUUGGUGACCAGCUUGAGCACGAACGCAUGCUCGUGGGCGGCUCUGGAACCAAGGAUCUCUUGAAGGAGAUGGUCACCAUCCCCGGUAACCGCAAGCGCAUGUUACUCUCGAUUGCCCUCAUGGUUUGCCAGCAGAUGACAGGUACCAAUGCCAUCAACUACUACGCGCCGCUCAUCUUCAAGGCCCUCGGUGUCCAGGGUACCAACACUAACCUCUUCGCGACCGGUAUCUAUGGAGUCGUCAAGAUGGUUGCCUGCGCCGUCUUCUUGAUCCUGGCCGCCGAUUCUCUUGGGCGUCGUAGGUCGUUGCUGUGGACCUCCAUUGCGCAAGGAGCAGCCAUGUUGUACAUUGGCUUGUACGUUCGCAUUGCGCCUCCCAAGGAAGGCGCCGCUAUUCCUCCUGCCGGUUACUUCUCGCUCGUCUGUGUCUUCUUGUUUGCUGGAUUCUUCCAAUGGGGAUGGGGUCCUGUUUGCUGGAUCUACGUCUCCGAAAUCCCCACAGCGCGUCUCCGUUCCAUGAACGUCGCCAUCGCGGCCGCAACGCAAUGGCUCUUCAACUUCGUCGUUGCACGUGCUACUCCAGUCAUGAUGGUCACAGCCGGAAGGCAAGGAUACGGUGCCUUCAUCAUCUACGCCUCCUUCUGCUUCGCCAUGUUUUUCUUCGUUUGGUUCUUCAUCCCCGAAACCAAGGGUAUGUCCCUCGAGAAGAUGGACGAUCUCUUCGGUGUUACGGAGUUGGUCAAGCAGAUUGAACAUGGAGACCGUGAGGCGCAUGCCCACUCACCCACGACCAUCGAGGAGAAGGAUGCUGUCCGGGAGGAGAGGACGGAGGUUGUCAAAUAAACAUUUGGACCCUUUUAGUUUUUGUGGAUGAUUUUGCACACUGGCGUAGAAUAGGAAGAAGUGCGGAAGGAAAGUGCACUUGCGAACUCGAAUGAUUGAAUUGAAACAGUCUUUUCAUCGAUAUCACUGAAAUAUGUGCGCUGUAUAUUGGGCACCUUGCUCAAAUCUGUGACCACGCUUCUCAAUCCAACAACU